GCAGCAGCAGCAGCAGCAGCACUCACCAAGAGAUUGCUACAGUCUCACAAAACCACGCAAAAGUUGGCUGUAAUCAUAUAUUGAUUGAUUGUGCUCGUAGAGAAGCUUGAGGGAGAGAGAGAGAGAUUGUUUGAUUCGACAUGGGCGAGGGCGAGGAGAGUAGGAAGGACACGAUGGCGAUACGGGUCCGGGAGUUCGACAUGGAGAGGGACCUGGCGGCGGUGGAGGAGCUGGAGCGCCGGUGCCAGGUCGGCCUCUCGGACGACCAGGCGGACGACGCUGAACACGACGAUGGCGGCGCCAAGAAGUGCAGGAGGAGGAAGAAGAAGAGGGGCAUGUCGCUCUACGUGGAGCAGAUCGGCGACCCGUUCGCCCGGGUGCGCCACUCGCCGGACUAUGUCAUGCUGGUUGCCGAGUACGGCGAGGAAGGAGCUGGGGAGGCGGUGGGCGUGAUCAAGGCCUGCGUCCGGACGGUGAGCCGGGGGAAGACGAUGACGAAGACGAAGCAGCAGUUCGCCAAGGUGGCCUGCCUCCUCGGCCUCAGGGUCUCCCCGUCCCACAGGCGGCUCGGGAUCGCGACGGAGCUGGUGAGGCGCGCCGAGGCGUGGUGCGCGGCGAGGGGCGCGGCGCACGCCACCAUGGCGACCACGGCGUCCAACGCCGCCUCGCUCGCGCUCUUCGCGGGGCGCUUCGGCUACGCGCCGUUCCGGCGGCCGGUGUUCCUCGGCCACCCGGUGCACCGGCACCGCGCGCGCGUCCCCGGCGCGCACCGCGUGCUGCAGCUGCCGCCGCCGCUCGCGGCCGCGGCCUACGCCGCCCUGCUCUCCCCGGCCGAGUUCGUCCCGGCCGACCUCCCGGCGCUGCUCGCGCACAAGCUCACCCUCGGCACGUACCUCGCCGUCGAGCGCGGCCCGGACCCGUCCCUCCCGCCGUCCUUCGCGCUGCUCAGCGUCUGGGACGCCACGCGCUCCCUCCGCCUCCGCGUCGGCGGCGCCGCGCCGCUCCUCCGCGCGUCCCUCGCCGCGGCGCGCGCGCUCGACCAGCACGCGCCGUGGCUGCGCGUGCCGUCGCUCCCCGACGUGUUCCGCCCGUUCGGCACGUACCUGCUCUACGGCCUCCGCAUGUCCGGGCCCGAGGGCCCCGCGCUGCUCCGCUCGCUGUGCCGCCACGCGCACAACGUCGCGCGCAAGAACCCGGCCUGCGCCGUCGUGGCCGCCGAUCUCGGCCCCGACGACCCCGCCGCCGCCGCGGUCCCGCACUGGCCGAGCUUCUCGUGCGACGAGGACGUCUGGUGCGUCAAGAAGCUCGGCGUCGCCGCUGACGGUGCCGGCAAUGCCGGCGACGAUGACGACGACUGGACGACGGCGCCGCCGGCUGACGUCCUGUUCGUGGAUCCCCGGGAGUUCUGACGCCGACGUCCUCCCAGAAUUAAUGUCGUCCGUUUUGAUUUCUACCGACGGUGUAGAUACAUCAUACUCUCAUAGCUAGAAUUGACAUUUGUAUGGUGCAAAUUGAUGCAGCAUCCCAGGUAGUGCAGUAACCAAAAUUAGCCCUGGACACUAAAGAACAAUAAUAUGGUCAGCUUCUGACUCUGUCAACAUGAACUUGGUUGUUCAUCUGUCUCACAGAUAGAAAUACUAGUAGAUGGCUUCAUGUACAAUAUAUUAACUAUUUUAUAAGCCAAAAGAGAAACUGACACUUUGGUUCCACUGCAGAAUAGGAAAAAAUGAUAUUGAGAAUCAAUUUAUGAAACCAUUCUUUUAAGGGACAUAU